GAGGGAUUUACUUGAUGUGAUUGAGAACUGUUCAGUGUUGAUGUAAUAUGACCAAGCUGCAGGAUGGAGGAAACAUCUCUACUGUGUCUGCUCUUUCUGAGCUCUCUGCCGGUCAGCACAACAAACCAAGCUCGUCUGACUGUGAGUCCCAGCAGCUCUCAGGUCUUUAAAAGAGACUUUGUGUCUCUGAGCUGUGAGGAGGACGACAGCUCUGCUGGAUGGACUCUGAGGAGAAACACCACCACAGAACAGAGGACUCAGUGUGGAACUGACUGGGGAGAAGCAGCAGGUUUUUCCUGUGUCAUCAGCUACAUCGUCACCAAGGACAGUGGAGUUUACUGGUGUGAGUCCAGAGAGGGAGCAACCAGUAACAGCAUCAACCUCACUGUCUCUGGUGGAACAGUGAUCCUGCAGAGUCCUGUCCUCCCUGUGAUGGAGGGAGAUGAUGUCACUCUGCUCUGUAAAACAAAGGCCACUCCCUCCAUCCUCUCAGCUACUUUCUAUAAAGAUGGCUCCUUGAUCAGGACUGAGUCUACAGAUCACAUGACCAUCCACAAUGUUACCAGGUCUGAUGAAGGCCUCUACAAAUGUUACAUUGGCAGCCAUGGAGAGUCUCCAUCCAGCUGGAUCACUGUCACAGAGAAACCUACAACCACAGCUCCACCCACAUCUGGAGCUCCGCCUCCAAAAGAAAUCCCACAAACAUCUGGGGCCAUGCCCUCUCCUCCACUAUCCUCCCUCCACCUUGUCCUCAGACUGGUCUGCCACCUGGUGGUGUUCUGUCCAUACUUCAUCUCCACUCUCCUCAUGGUGUCUUUAUGUCGACACAGACCAACAGGUCACCACCUUGUCUCCAUGGUGACAUCACCAUCCCACCCAGGCAAAGCAGAGUGAGCGCUUUGAUGACAUCAUGGUGGCCGACACUGAGCAUCUCUUCUGAGUCUCUGAUGGUUUUAUCUUGUAGCUCAACAAUGAUCUCUUUCUUUCUGUCUACUAUGUAACUGAGCUGGAGCCACUGCAGUAAAUAAAGAACUGUGUCAUCAGAUGGAAAGUA